GACUCGGCAACUCGUGGGAGAGGCAGCUCCAGCGACACUCCACCAACUCACCAAGGAGCCGAGGAAGCGGCGGAGAGAGUCCAUCUGUUCGGGUUCUGGGAGAGAACAACAUGAAUGUCAGCGAAGAGAACCUCCUCAAGUCCAUCAGCAACGACGCGCUCCUCGACCUGACGCAGCGCUACGGCCAAUCAGCCUUCGGGUUCGGUCCGGGCCACGUGCCCGGGAGUCCCGGCCGUUUCCCCCUCACGCCGGCCACCGAUUUCCUCUCCGGACAGACCGCGAAGUCCAACGAGAGCGGCGGAGAGCACACCAGCGACGACGAGGACGGCUUCGACUCGCUCGAGUCCCGGAAGAGAGGCUCGCCGUUCGGCGACGACAAGUCCGGGGGGCCCCUCGGCAAGAAGUCCAAGGAGCAGCGGUCCCUGCGGCUCAGCAUCAACGCGCGCGAGAGGAGGAGGAUGCACGACCUGAACGACGCGCUGGACGGGCUGCGCUCCGUUAUCCCCUACGCCCACAGCCCCUCGGUGAGAAAACUCUCCAAAAUAGCCACCCUCCUCCUGGCCAAGAACUACAUCCUCAUGCAGGCCCAGGCCCUGGAGGAGAUGAGGCGGCUGGUGGCGUACCUGAACCAGGGGCAGAACAUGACCUCGCCCAUCCCCGCCGCCCUGGCGCCCUUUGGCCAGGCGGCCGUGUACCCGUUCUCGGGCUCCGCGCUCGCCACCUGCGCCGAAAAGUGCACCACUUAUUCCGGGACACCGGCGAGUCUCUUCAAACACUGCAACGACAAGCCUUGAUUCGGGGUUUCACGCGUUCUCCUUCCCGAACUUUUACCCAACCAUGUCGAUCUCUCUCUCUCACUCUCUCUCUCUCACUCUCUCUAUUUAUCUCUCUCAUUCUAGUUAAUUGAAAAAAAGAAGAAAA